AAGUGUGCCUGCCUUAAGAGCCAGAUGGAAAGCCUUAAGAAAAAAUGUGGUUUUCGUGGAUUGUUUUCUCGGCAACUAGACCGCAGAUCCUACAAUAAUUCCAGGGUCGGAUCCACGCUUUUUAGCAUAUUUCCAAAUGUCAACUCUCAAAGUUGGAAUUUUCGAUUUCCAUUAGAUUCGCGCGAGCUUCCUUAACUGCGUAAACAAAAUUUUAAUUUUUUCAUUUACAUCCAAACGUUCGUUCCCCGCCCUCCCUCUUUCCUCGGAGUUCGUAGAGAGGAUGCAAAUUAUCGUGCGACACGAAAGCCUAAUGACGCGAGGAGUCUUAUGAACGCGUUAAUAAGAUCCGCGAGAUCGAGAGCGUAGAUAAGAGAUGGUGAAUUCAGACGGAGGCUGCGUUAGCGCGUGCGAGCGCUCCUUCGCGUCGUCUGCUCUACUUUUUUGCUCUCCUCUCGCACUGCUGUUUUCCCUUCGUAUUGUAUUUUUCUGUUUUUAUUCUCAUCGGUUUACACGGAGACGAAAACCGCGCGGCGGGAACAAAUUUUGUUGAGAAUUCUGUACAGAAAGGAACCUUUGCGAAGCAUUCCACUGAAGCCAGCAUUUCUAUUGCGUCUGAGAUAAAACGUUUACCAACUUACUUGUUAUCUUGACGAGAAUAUUACUGUAAUUAGAAACAUAAAAUGAGAACGUAAAGCGAGGAUUCGCUCGACGAAAAAAGGCUAUCGCGAUCGAUCAAGUGAUUCUCAAUGCUUCGAGCUCGCACUCGCUUAACCCAACUCGCAGCUUCCUCAAUUGACUCUUUUUAUACAAAGUUUAUUGAUAGGAAAAAAAAUAUAAUAAAAUUAGAGGCACAUCCUUCGGCGAAGAUGCAUAAAAUAGAGUGAACCAAGUCGCCUUAUCACGCUCGAUUAUCUUGUGGGCCCGUUGAUUAGCAGCGAGCAUAAAAGUGAUAGGAUAAAGCGCGAUCGUUCCUAAUUCGAGACGUCCCGUCUGCCAACUCGGCAAUUAAUUGUUCGACGUAAAACUUGCAUAUUUUGCCCCUUCCAGGCAGCCUCCCUUCGAGCCCGCGGAGAUCUUUUCUCGCGGCCACUCCCACUUUUAUUCAUUCAAUUCGACGCAGCAGCGCAUGUCUCAAGGCUUAUUUUGCCUUCUCACUUUUUAACUUGGCAACGAUUUUACGUCGUGAAGUUUACCGUAAAUCGUCGAUCAUUUCCGCUCCCUCAAUUGAGCUCAAAUUCGCUUGUAUUAUCUCGCGCUUACGCACGCGCGCACACAACCAGAAAGAAGAAUCGUCAAAAAUUAGGCCCCCAGUCGUGCUGUUACCCUCUCAAUUCAUCGGGGUUAUCUUCGAUCUCGUUCGUCACGCGUCGCUGUCACACGCCUUACCACGCGCGCUGCGACUCUACGAUUUAUGCGAAAUAUCAGUUUUCCAAUUGCCUUACGCUCACUAAAGUAUACGAAAAAUUAAUUGAAAAUAAAAAAUAGAAAAAUAAACGUAGAAACUCGAUUGAAUCUGCGAAUGCGAGUAGGCGUCACGAGGUAACCUCAAAAUGCCUAUGAAGACUGAAUAUUUCUCGACUUUUGUCAGAACACUCAGACUCUGUCGAUAAUCGAUUAAUUCAAUGAGAUUUGAUCGUUUUAUGAAACUUAAUUAAAUGAAGAAUAUCGAAUUAGUGAGAUUUCUCACGCUCAAAAUCCGCGCGAGAUUCGCGGAGCAUUCUUAAUAAUGUCGACGAUAAAAUUCGUUGGGGAUUCUGGUUAGAUCGAAUGGCAAAAUCCGUGAAAAAAGGUGGCGCGACCGCUCUGCAAACGGAAGUAACGACGGACGAGGAGUGGGCCCAGGUAGUCGAGCGAAAAGGGCUGACGGUCGUCGACGUUUAUUCGGAAUGGUCGGGCCCUUGUUCCGCAAUGAUUUCGACCUUGAGGAAAAUCAAAAUGGAAAUAGGCGGGGACGUUUUGAGCUACGCGGUUGCGCGGAACGACGAUGUUUCGAGCUUGGAGCGCUUCCGAGGCAGAAGCGAGCCCGUCUGGAUGUUCUUGGAAAAUGGCAAAAUAGUUAAUCUUCUCUUUGGCGCCCGAUGUCCCCAUCUGCAGAGAACUAUCGUUAAAGAAUUGCGCCGAGUUCAGAACAACGAACCACCGGGCCGGAUGGUUUCGAUCGUCAAAAGGGUUUCCGAGGAAGAAUCUCGUUGGCAAAGGAGAGAAUCGCUCAGAAAAGCAGAGGAAGAGCGAAAAAUCGGGCAGGAGGAAGCCGCAAAAAGAGCCAAAUACGAAGCCUAUCUCGCACAAGAAAUGUUCGAACUCUGCGAAGAAACGGCCAUCGUUCUCUACCCCUGGGUCUUCCUCGACGAAGAAGGCUCACCCAAAGACAAGGAAACUUGUCCCGCUUACACCGAACUCGUACGCGAAAUAUUUCCUCAACGCUUCGACGUCUUGGAGCAAACGAGAGUUCAACUCGACGAGGCGAUCAUCGAAAAAAUGCUCGUGGAAAGCAACGUCGAAAUAACGGACAAUCUGAUCGCAGGUUUGACGGAAGACAAAUGCUUAGCAAUGAGAAUCAGGUGCAAGCCUCCACCUCCGGAAUGGCCGGUCCCAUAUCCCAACGAAUGCCCCAAAGACACAGCGAAGUGUCCGAUCAGGGCGAUCAACGACGUCGAGAAUUUCCUUCGAAGUAUCCUGGAAGCACCGCCUUCCAAUCCGAAUGCUUCGAUCGUUGGUUCUUUCCUCGAGAGGCACACUCACGUCCACGAGCCUGAAGAAGAAAUCGAUAACGAUUACCGCAGAAUUUACCCUGCGGUUUGGUUUCCGCCUCACGCGAGGAACAAGGUGCACGUUUUCAAGACUCUGUUUUCGUAUUACAUGGAAAAAUCGCAUCCGUACGAGGAACCGGUGGAGCCCCUGCCUCUUUGCGCCUUCAAAUUCGAUGCGACGAAACUUGGGAUUUUGCAAGAAGUUUACGAAGCUUUUGGCUCGGCGAUCGAGAAGUUUGGAGUAUUUGAAUUCGACGGGCCUCCUUUGGCGCGGAGAUUCGCCUCGAAUCCUCAGGAUUUUGAGGACAAAGUAACGAACAAAACCGGUGACGAGAUUUUCGUUGUCAUAAUACGGAGAUUGAACGAGGAAGUUUUUCUCAAUUUUGCCGGAAACAAUCCGACUUUCGUGACCGAAGAACACGCCGAGGCGCAGCGGAUGCUCGACGAAUAUUUUCCACCCGGUUCGAUCGACGUUCUGCCAGAAGUUUAUCACGAUGAAAAAGAUUUCUACGAGGAUUAUGACUACGGGGAAGAGGAGGAGGACGAGGGAGAUUUGGAGGAAGAGGAACUCGGCAGAGAUCCCGAAAUUCCUCCUUCGUACGUCGAUCUUUCGACCUUUUGA